GCCAAAGCCAAGAGCACGACAAUAAGCGGCGGCAAUAGAACAAGGUCAUCGUUGCAGUAAUAACCCCUGCACUGUGCCAGAUCAAAAGCAGCACAAAGCGAGCUACAUGCAGCCCAAACAAGCAUGGCAUAGAGCCCUGCACAGGGUGGCACUCACCCUGCUAUGCAUGCAACCAGCAGCACCCUUCUCGACACCAACAACUACCACGGAGCAGCUCCGAGCAGCCCACCGCAGCGAACGCUUGAAUCUCCUGAACCACCCUUUACAAAUCCAGCUCGCGACCGGCGCGCUGCCGUACGGAUCCUUUGUUCGCUUGUGCCACGACCGAAGCACAAUACUCGAAGCGGUGCGCAGCGCUGCCGCGGCCGCCGGCGCCGACGUCCUCUCAGCUGAGGUCUCAGAGGCCGAGGCGACCGCGAAAGCCUGGCUCGACGCGGCCGAAGCGGCGGGCAAGACCAUCAGCACCGGCGAUCCUUCAAUAAAGUGCUACGCGUGCGGCGGCGACCACCUCAACGUGGACUGCCCCGAGGACCUGGCCGUCACGGGGCCCGCCCGCGCGGUGGCAGCGGUGCUGCGGUCGUACAGCGGUGCCGAGGCGGCAACGGGCGUCCUCGCGGUCUGCGAGUACGGCUGGGCCUGCGACACGCUGCUCAAAGCGGGUUUUGAGACGCCGUACACAGGCUGGUUAACAGCCCACGCCGAGUCGCUCGCGAAGGCGUCGGCGGCCGUCGCGCCGCUCGUCGACGCGGCCGACCGGGACGCCGUCGACGCUUCAUAUGUGGCGGCGCUCUCCGCCCUCUUCAACUUCGUCGACAGCGAGGCGUCGACGGCGGGGCUCAAGGGCGCCGGCGAGGCCCUCGAGGCCGCGCGACGGAAGCUCGACGCGCUCGAGCCGGGAUUUUUAGAGGCACAGGACCGCAACGCGAAUUUCGUGUCGGCGACGCUCAAAGCACAAGCCGCGAAGAGUAGCGCCGGCGCGAAGAAAAUGGACGCCGCGGCCGCGUACCUCGCCGCGAAGAAAGCCAAGGCGGGGGGCUAACAUUGUUGUGAUACACGU